CAGCCCAGUCCAGGACUCUCCUAUCUGCUGUCUGCAACACCAUGAAGCCUAAAUGGAUCCUCUUUUCUUUGUGUAUACUCAUCAUGUCCAUGCCUCUCCAGACGCUUUCAGGCAUGCUGUUUCCUGAAAAUCUCAGAAAACAAUUGUGUGAAAGUGGACAUCUUGGAACUAAGCCAGAAAUCUGCAACUACCCUCCGCUAUUUGGUACCUGUAAGUCAGUUUACACCAGAUUCUACUACAACACCUUGACAUUUGUGUGUGAGCCCUUCGUCUUCUCUGGCUGUGGAGGCAACAGGAACAACUUUAAACAAAAAUAUCUCUGUGAAAAAUACUGUAUUCCUGAAAAUGACAGAGGUGGUGGAAAACAGGAGGCUUAACAUGACAGAAGGAAGAAACAAGCAAAAUGGAAUAUUCUUCAUGCAAAAGUAUCCCAAAAUAAUUCUGAGUAAAUAAAUUGAAAUAUUACUGGAAGAUUUUCAAAUUUAGAAUUCUUGCUAAUUUCUUUGCCCAGAUUUGCCUUUCAUAUUGAUUAGAUGUAUAAAAUUUUAAUUGGAAAA